GAAGCGAGCACAGCACGGACUCAGUCCUCCAGCAAACUCCAUCGAGGACUUGUUGAGCUUGUGUGAAUCGAGGGGUAGCUAAUCCUGCCCGGCCGAGGUGUGAAGGCGUUCCAGGCAAGCUGAGCCAGGGCGCAAGAACAUUUUAGCGCCGAAGAUUAGUACAUCUCCAACGGCAUGAAGGUGUGUGCGGUGAUAACGUUAGUGCUUGUAGCAAACACGGCGUAUAUCGGUGUCGAGGCAUGGGGUGGUCUCUUCAAUCGCUUUAGCCCUGAAAUGCUAUCUAAUCUCGGCUACGGCGGUCAUGGAGGCUACAUGAACCGUCCUGGGUUACUACAGUCGUUUCAGGAAGGAUACGGUGGCGCGUACGGAGAAGGAAUCGAAACAACGGAAGAACCUUGCUACGAAAGGAAAUGCGCGUACAAUGACCACUGUUGCCCGGGUUCCAUUUGCGUGAAUAUCGAUGGAGUUGUUGGAACAUGCAUCUACGAUUUCGGCAUGAAACAAGGCGAGCUUUGCAGACGGGAUGGCGAUUGUGAAACUGGCUUAAUGUGUACCGAGAUGGCUGGACGCGAAACAAAAUCGUGUCAACCACCAACCACUUCGAGCAAGUUGUACAAUGAGGAGUGCACUAUGUCGAACGAGUGUGACAUCAGCCGCGGACUAUGCUGCCAAUUACAAAGGCGACACCGGCAAACUCCUAGAAAGGUUUGCUCGUACUUCAAAGACCCCCUGGUUUGCAUCGGCCCGGUGGCGACGGAUCAGAUAAAGUCCGUGAUCCAAUACACUUCCGGCGAGAAACGGAUCACCGGACAGGGCAACCGCCUGUACAAACGGAUGCCGUUCGCCUAAACGCUCGCUCGUCAUCACGACGGAUGGGAAGUAUACAGUAUAAGAUAAGUUACGAGAAAAUCAAAUCCUCCUUUAGUCGUUGUGAAGAUACCUAGGUCUAAGUUUGUCGAUUCGACAUUAUCUCGAUCUUCUUCCUAGUCCUUAACUUUACUCCACGCCACGAUACACCGGGAAGUAUGGCGAUAGCGUGCGACAAAAGUGGCAAAAUUAAAUGUUACUCGGGGAGAUGUUACUUCGAAGAUGAUUCUUCUUCGAAUAUAGCGCGACUGAAAAACCUAUAAACACAUAUCAUAGUAAGCCGUCUUAUAGGUCUCUAAGGAUAAGGGACACGCUAGCGUAGUCGUGAUAAGGGAGAGUGCGCUGAUGUUUAAGAGCGCUGUUCGACAAAGAUGUUUCUUAAUGAUAUAGAGGUAAGGUAUACGAGGAGCUUGAGAGAAGGUUUGUGUAUCGGUCUACCGAUUGAGCUUUUUUUUCGAAUUAGAGAAAAAUUAAUAAAGCACUUAACUGUUCGCGAUAAGUCAUAGAAGGUUAUAGAAAUAAGAUAAAGUAAAUGAGAGGCGUGCACAAAGAAAUGAAGUCUUUGUUAUCGUCGCAGUGUCAACAUUGACUAUAUUCUUAUUUUAUUAAUCAACGAUAUUUUCGCUAUGAUAUUUCGACAAAAUCUAUCUUUCGAGAAUUUCUGAAGCAGUAAAACAAUAUAGAUCACGACCGCUGAUGCCGUUGCAUCGCAACGAGAUAUCUUUCAACGAUGCGAGAAUUUCAAUGUCGAUACCGCGAAUGAUAAUGAUCAAAUUGCAUGAAAAGCUAUGCUUUCGAGCUGCAUUUUCAUAUAUGUAUAUUCAUGUGUAAUAUAAAGUCGAAAUUUAUAUAAAAAUUUCGAAAUUGAUAUAGUAACGAAAAUAAUCUUACAUAGGCUGCGUUCGCUUUGGGCGCUGUCGAGCUGAAAGUCAGUCUAUCUUUAUUGCUCAUUAUAUGUUGAAAAAAGAUGGAGUGAUGCUUUCAGCACGAAAGCACCCAAAGCGAACGCAGCCAUAAAGAGAAAAUGAUAUGCGAGAAGAGUUUCUGAGAGUUAAAACGUAUAUUGAAAUAAAAACCCAAGAUCAAAAACACAGUCAAAUAAUUCUAAAAGAGACAUUCUUUAAAUUUGAGAUGUCUUUUGGACUUCUUUUGAAAAUUUUAACAUCUAUAUCGUUUGAAAAAUGUAUUUCGCGAUUUUGAAUAAUAAAACGAAGAAAAUGCAGCUAAAAGGAACAGAGCUAUCAUUGUAAGCGGUGUAAGUUGUAAGUUGACUUAUAGUCGGGGAUCGAGAGAUUCCAAUAAGACGGGAUGCCAGCAGAACGUGACGAGAGAAAUCUUCUGCAAUGGCGGAUUUAAGGCUCAAAUAAAAUAAGCGAAAUAACAUUUUUACCAGAGCCAAAUAAUAUUUACGAAAAUAUUUUCCAUUUUAUUACUGAAAUAUGAAGGAUUCAAGCACAAACGGUCAUAAAUCAGCCGAACGAUUUGGGAGAGCUGUCAGAGGUUUCUAAUGAUGCUCCGAGAAACCGGUUAUCCAUAAGUCCGCCAUUGCACGUCCCGUUGAUUAUUCAAACGCACAGAUCGCAGAUAUAUUUAUCUUUCUUUAUCCAUUUUAUGAACGGUCGUCCGGCGGACGUCGUAAGAAACGCGAGGUGUCAGUCAGACGGUUUUAAUGGCGGAGAAGUAUUUUCUACUGGUGGAAGAGAGAGCUGAAAAAGGCGCAAGUACCUUUAUAAUCCGGUCGAUGUUUCGAGUUUACCCUUAGGAAUCGUACUUAGACGUUUAACUCGACUCUACGUCGAAUACAUUUAUCCCUACCCUUCUCUAAAAAGAACUUGGCACACUGUCGGUGUGUAUAUUGUACUCGUAAUCUAACAAUAAGUCACAUUGUGGAGUUGAAAAACGACAUAUUUUAGAAUGUAGAAGGAUUAUUAUCCACUGUAAACGAUACAUAUCAAAGAGAGAAAAGUUUUUCUCCGGCAUCUUAUAUUCAGAGAUAUAGCGUUAUAUAUAAAUAUACACAUAUACAAUGACGAUGGGAAAGAAGAGACACUUUAACUCUUAGUGGCAAAUAUAGAUGUGCGUAUAUUGUUCGUUUAAAGGAAAAUAAAAUCCUAAAGCAAGUACCAAAGAGGGGAAGUUAUUAAAGUAAACACAAGUUAUUAAAAAAAAAAAAAAUCGCGGAAAUCGCUCUGUUAAACAUUAAUCUCGGGAAUCACUCUCUGUCGAGUAGUAAUAUCGCGGAAAUCGCUCUAUUAAUUGUACUAACGUUAAUGAAAUCGUAAUAAUAAAUGUACGAUACACAUUGUCUGUGGCUAUAUUAUGUGAAAUAUUACUCUGUGAAAAAAUUCAUUAUAAUAUUAAUCGUUAUCUGUCGUCAGAGAAAGUAUAAUGUUUAAGUAAUAAUCGUUUGAGAUCGAUUGCAUUGAUGUUUCAAGCGUAAUCGAGGGAGACGCAGUGUUAAAAAGUGUUUUUCGAAAUCGCGUUCGCAUGCAACAACAUAUCAACAACAGCAAAUAAGAAUGGCAGCAAAAAUGCUCUAAUCUCAGUAGUAACCUGUCCUGUCCUUUGUCUUAUUACUGAAAAGAAAAAGCUCUCAGCGAGCCGCUGCUUUCCACACCAUUGGUGCUAUAAUCGUCAAGAGAGUCCCCUGAAGACGUAUAUUAUCAAUCCUCCACUAUCUCUCGAUUCUCCUCCACUAUUCCCGAAACGUUAAUCUACCUGUGUAAGAAAACUCAAAACAUAUCAUACGAAAUGCCUAAUGCAUUUAAGAGAAUUCUAUAAAAUAUGAGUGUUAAUUACAAGAUGUAUUAUCUUAUCGAAAUUAUAUUUUUAUCUUUGAUCCGUA